CUGACCCCAAGAUGGCGGCGCCCAGCGAAGUGGCCGCGGGAGCCUCAGUUGAAGGCGAUGGUGGGGGUAGUAGCUUUGGGUGCUGGCUGGAUGGACGGUUGGAGGCGCUGGGAGUGGACCGAGCCGUUUACGGAGCCUACAUCCUGGGUGUCCUGCGGGAGGAGGAGGAGGAAGAGAAGCUGGAUGCUCUGCAGGGUAUCCUCGCUGCGUUCCUGGAAGAAGAUUCCCUCCUUAACAUCUGCAAGGAGAUUGUGGAACGAUGGUCUGAAACUCAGAAUGUUGUUACUAAGGUGAAAAAAGAAGAUGAGGUACAGGCCAUUGCCACCUUGAUUGAGAAGCAGGCACAGAUCGUGGUGAAACCCAGGGUGGUGUCAGAAGAGGAAAAGCAGAGAAAAGCUGCCCUGCUGGCUCAGUAUGCUGAUGUGACAGAUGAAGAGGAUGAAGCAAAUGAAAAGGAUGACUCAGGUGCCACCACAGUGAACAUUGGGUCUGACAAGUCUCUCUUCCGGAACACCAACGUGGAAGAUGUCCUCAAUGCCCGAAAAAUGGAGCGAGAUUCACUUCGGGAUGAGUCCCAAAGGAAGAAGGAACAGGACAAGCUGCAGAGAGAGAGGGAGAAACUAGCCAAACAAGAACGCAAGGAAAAGGAAAAGAAAAGGACACAGAGAGGGGAACGAAAGCGAUAACCUUGGCCACUCCUUUUUCCUCACGAACUUUGUCAAAGGGUGGAUGGUUGUGCACAUGUGUAUUUAGGAGAAACGAGAGAUCACUGAAAAGUGGUUUUUCAAGGCAUUUUCCCUUUUGUUUACAUGGUCAAAAGGAAAAUCAAACACUUUUAAUUAUAAAAUGUGCCAUGUCUCUGUGGUGUGGGUAAUCAAAUUAUUGUUGACCUCUGUACCAAAGACCUGGAACCCCUUUAUAUUUUAAUAGUAAAGUCCUGUGCUCCUUGUAGCCAUUUAAGUCUUCCCUCACCUUGGAUAGACAGCAGGAAUAAUCAGGAGCUUAUGGGUACUGUUUCAUCUUGAAGGAGCAGAAGCAUGAGCACUCUUUCCUGAAAUUUUGGAGUCUAACUCCUUUGGCACUCACCCACAGAGUAUUGUGGCUGAAAUAGGAAGGUAAUGGAGAGCCUUAUCUGGAUCCAAACUAUGUUACAUGGCAACAAACUAGGAAAUGAGAAGUUAUUUGGUAGAUAUUCUACAUUAGAGAAGUUUUUUUAAAAAAGUUUUAGCCUAUGGAAGAAAAAGGAAUCUUUUAAAGUAGAAAUAGUUAUGUAUUUUUUCCUCUCUAGGCUGUUUUAGGAAGGAUGUGGCAGUAUUAGGCACGAGGAUUUUGCUAGCUAGAAUGAAUUUUAAUAAUCAUGAAUUCUUGAAUGCUUGUAGAGAUUUUAAUUCCGAGUUGCCCAAAAUAUGAGGGUAAAAACCUAAUUACAGGUUUAGAGAAACUGGGAAUUGCCCUCUUAAGGCAGAAACACUGAGAAUCUCUGCUAACGCAAGGAUAUUUAGGAGUGUACUUAAUGACUCUCAACAAAUUUAUUGAGUGAUGAAUGGAAGAGUCAAAAGCAAGCAGGAACCUCCAUUUCUCCAUUGUUAUCAAAAAAAUUGCAUUUAAUUGUAGAUAAAACCUUUUUCUGACUUUAGGCAGCAGAUUGUCAAGAAGCCUGAAGAGAGCAAUUUCUCUGACAAGACAGAAAGGAGAUAAUUAUACCAAGCCUGGGCAAACUUUGCCACAAGCCCAAUUUGGCUCAGACUGUUUUUUGUAUGGUGCAAGCUAACAAUGGUCUUUACAAUUUUAAAGGAUAAUAAAAGAAUUUGAAACUGGGUGUGACCUAUAAAGACAAAUGUUUAUCAUCUGGCAAACUUUCGAGAAAAAGCUUGCAAAUUUCUAUUUUGUAUGAAAUUAACAAAAAUUUUUACCUUUGUGCAAAAGGUAAAAAGAAGCAUGGCUAGGAAAAGAUGUGUUACCUCUCUAUACUCCUAUAUCUGUGGCAUUGCCCCCAAAAAAAGCCUUUUUAAAAAAUAAACUAUUUAAAUCACUGUC